CAAAUUGUCAGGCAGCCGAGGCUGACACGGGUGUCUUCCAUGUGCUCGCCGGCUUCGUCGUCGAGCUCCACCGCCUCAUCGAGUCUGCCCUCGAGCUCCGGAUCGUCCUACGCGUCCAAGCGGACACACAUCAACAUCCGGCUCAUCGUUGCGGGCGACCGGCCGACGCUCGAGGGCCCAGUGAUCUCCUCGUCGGACCACCCCGACCGCCGCACGGUGUCGCUCAACGCGCCGUCGGACAUGGACCGCGACGAGCCCGUGAUUGCGUUCAGCACGUCGCACAUCAUCUCGAC